AUGAAUGACAUUGGAUGGCACCCCACUGAAUUGAAGCAAGAGCAUCUUCGAGUCUUAUUUUGCCAGGAUGUUGGUGACUCUAAUAAGACGAUUCUGUAUGAUUCGGAUUAUUAUGUGAACAAUAGUGAAGCGGCGAGUACGUUGGCUCGUUCCUGGAAUGGCUCACAAUACCACUCUUCCUCGAGCAGAAAUGGCGGCAUGGAAUUGGGCUCAUUCAAAGAUCAGAGGCAUGAUUGGAGACCAUCUUACAUGAGAACCAUGCCAUCCCUCUCCUUAUCAGAUCAACAGAAACACAUGCGGCCCAAUCAUCGCAAGCUAGAUCUCACUGGAGAAAUGAUAUUUGGCACUGCACCCUUAGCUUACAAAGGCAUGAAUACAAAAGUACAUUACUACAAGCGAGACAAAAGUCCUCAAAUCGUGAUAUCCAAGCUGUUUACAUUGAACAACUAUCAAUCGCAUUCAUCCCAUCACACCUCAGACAGCAUACGAAGGGCAUCGUUUUCAUCCAUCAACAGCGAUAGAUCAACUGCAUCAUUUCUAGCAAAUUCGUCUUUAGGGGAGGACAACACAUCCGAGCAAUCAAGUGACGAUGACCAUUACUCUCAUCCGUACUAUCAACCUGUCUUUAUAUCGACCAAACGCUCACGUAAAUUUGCUCAAACCAAUAUGGAGAACGGCCUCUUUAAUCCCACACCCUUACCGACCACUAGAAUAUCUGCUAUAGAGAAUCCUGUACGACAAACAUCCAGAUCAGUCAAAUUUGCAGUCGCCAUUAUCAUCACUCUAGAAGACAAGAAUGAAACACUAUACGACUUUAUAUUCUCGCACUUUGCAUUGAUCGAAAAUAGACUACAUCAAUUACAAGCAGUUGCACUCAAGCAGCUCUAUCAAUACUUUAAACAUCACCCAUCGCCUCAGUUACAGCCUAGAAAGAGAUCCAGCACUAUAUUCCUCAGUCCAAAUGCAUUCCAGAACGAUGCGUUUUUGAUAGACGCAUCAAACUCCAUUUUCAGCCGAGAAUUAGACGAUGCCAACAGUGAACCUAAGUUUGAAGAUAAGAUUGUGAGACACCUAACAGGAGACGUUGAAUCCAUAGCUAUUCCUCGAAACACCUCCACACGAUCGCCCGUAUCAACUGCCACUGCAAUGAACGCCUUAAGUAUUAGCCGAGACACAUACGCCGCAUCAUCCUCUAUAGACUCGAUUUCCAACUCGAUGAAAAGUUCGUCAAGGUGGUUGAGUGAUACAGAAGAAAGAUCUUGGUCUCCAGAUCCGUUUGUUGUCGCAUCAUCAUCGCCAUCCUCUCUAUCACUUGAAUUACCACCGCCCUUUGUGUCACCUAAUGAAUGUUAUCAUGUUGCUAUGCCAAAAUCCACCAUCACUCAUAUGGAGCCAGAUAUCACUCAACAGCAGCAACAGCAGCAGGCAAAUGACGAUAUACCCUAUUCCAAAUCAACCAGUACCUCCAACACCUCAUCUUCUGCCACCACCACCAACUUUUCCACGAGAAUCGAUCGUCUCUAUGCCAAAUCAUAUGGUCGCUCCCUCAUGGCCUCCUAUUGUGAUACCUUUAAAUCUGAUUUUACCUUGAUGGGAAUACCCACAUUACCACCCACUUCGGUGCUGGAUGCUGAUUUACGUAGUACAUUGGAACAAUUCACACUUUCUGAUUCUGUACUUGAAGCCUCUUGCUUGAUCAUAGAUACAAACAACUUCAAAUGCCGAGUACUAAACCAUAGGAUUCCUGAUUCUUUGCCUGAUACACCUCCCCAUAUACCAACAUCGAGCAAAAAACCAAAUCCAUCUGGCAACUGGCAGGUGAUUGCCAUGUCUAAUCUGGUGCAUCAUAUGCUGACUACUAUGAAGCAAAAAUACGAUGAAAACAAUGGUGAUCUAUCCUGCUCUGAAGAGGUCAUUGGUUACAUGGAAGACAGCUUGCAGCUGGUUUACUUGUACAGUACCAUGCUACAAGACGAGGUGCAGGAAGCUUUAGCACAGUCUGAUACACCAUUAGAUGAUCCAGCGAGUCUUGCGUCAAAAUUAGGACUGAAUCAAAACGAUAUACCAUUGCUACUCAAUGUGGCGAGCACCUAUGAUUCCAAGAUGUGGGAUUUGCAAAAGAAUGCUUACAGAUACAGCUAA